AUCUAAAGUCAAGAUAUCGAGUCACUGUGAAGCAGUUACUACUAUAUAUCAUUGCAAACUGGGGAUACAGUGCCUUCUCUCUAAGGGUUGAGCCCCCUGUUCAUAGGGUGAAGUUUUAAGGAUCAGUACUUAGGGGCUUGUCUUCGCGGCAAGUGUUUAAGACAACGGUCUCCAAGAAUGGAGCUUGGCGACUUCGAUGGACCUCCCGGUAAUGCCGACGCGUUGCAAGCGCUGCGCAGCGCUUGCCUCCCAGAUGAUUUCUGGAUGUACAACUACAAGGUGCUGCCCUGUCCCCACGGCUACCGCCACAGCUGGACCCACUGCCCCUUCAGCCACACGGGAGAGACCGCGCGACGCAGGUGCCCUCGGAACUACCACUACCUGCCAGAUCCCUGCGUCAAUGUGCGCAAUAAGCGGCAGUGUCCCAACGGAGAUGCGUGCCCCUACUCCCACAACACAUUCGAGCAAUGGCUUCAUCCUGCCAGGUACCGCACACGGCUGUGCUACCUGGGAGCCAACUGCCGCCGACCCACAUGCUUCUUCGCGCACAGCGUGGACGAGCUGCGAAGCGUGGAGGAGGGCGAGAGCGGGUGCUUCGCCGGCAACAAUAACAACACCGUAACGGCGGUGCCGGCGAUUUCCUUCCCGCCGCCGCUGCCGCUUUCGUCGUCAUGCGGCCUGUCAAACCUGCCUGACGGUGCCAGCGGCGGCGCUGGUUGUUACGGAGGGGCUGGCGGCGGCAGCGGUUGCAGCGGAGCCGCUUUUGCUGGCGGCAGCGGCGCUAGCGGUGAGUUUGCUCCGUUGACGCCAGACUCGGCGCCACUACUGACGGCGGCCGCGGCGGCUGUAACUGCAAAGGUUCAGUCGACGGCGACGUCGCCGGUAGCCGCGGUGCCGAUGCCUUCGGCGGUGCCGUCGCCGCCGCCGCCUACGACAACAGCAAGGACGGCGGCUAUCCCGACGGUUUCAGGGCUGUCUCCGGUUUGCCAUGUGCAGCCCGUAACGCCGGCUGUGUAUGUGCCUGUGAGCCUGCAACAACACAUGGUUCAGCCGCCGUCAGUGCAGGCACCGCACGACGCUCCGCACCCGCCCAGUGCCUCACAGCAACAGCCGCAGCAGCGGCAGCCGCAGCCCUACCCCCGGGCCAAGCCAACUGCGCCCCAACCCCAGCCGCAACAACCGCCACAGCAACACCUGCCCCACCACCAAAUCAUGGCCCUGGCGCCCAUGCAGCCCUGCCUGACCCAUGGGCCACCUGGCGCUGCUGGAAUGGUGCCUAUCCCAGGCAUGCCGUACGCGGUGCCCAUGGCGAUCCGGCCCAUGCACGCGCUUCCCCAUCCCCUCCAGCCGACUGCUAUGGGGACGACCGUCUACCUCCACGCUGGCCCCCAGCCGCAACAGAUGCCAGGCAUGAACGCCGGCCCGCACCAGCACCCGAACCAUCUUUCUCGCCCUUUGGCUGGCCCCAUGGGACACGUUGCGGCAGGGGCCACGCUCCUGCCGCACCUCUACCACAUUGCUCCGUACGGCACCGUCGGCUGCUACUACCCAGCUCAGCAGCAGCCGCAGCUGCAGCUGCAGGGCGGCGGCAGCAGCAUCGCUGGCGCCGGUCACCAGGCUGACGGUUGCACUCGUUCCUCAUCGCACUCGGGAGAGGUGUCGCCCUUUGGGGAGGGAGCCGCUGCUACCGCCGCCGCCGCCGCGGCGGCGGCGGCGACGAUGAGGCCGACCCAGUCGCGUGGCGGGGGAGGCGGUCAUGGUUAUAGGCAUCAUCCUUCGCAGCAGUUCCAGACCCACGGGUCUGGCCAGCGGCCGGCGGCCGCCAAUGGGCUGAUGUACGUCUCGGCGUCGGCGCCGGUUGUUCCUAACGGACAACGCGGCGGCGUUGGCGGCGGGGUUGGCGGUGGAAGCGCCCCUGUUCCGAGACACAUGCCCGCGCCAACGAACCGUGCCGGCGCGGCCGUGCGGCGCAUCUCAACGCCUUCAUCUCCCCCUGCCGCUGAUGCCGCUGCUGUGGCCGCGGCCGCUGCUGCCGCGGCGGCGGCGGCGUUGCGGUAUCCCGAGGCGCCGUCGGUGUUCAUUGGAAGCGGCAGCAGCAGGGGCAGCGACGGCGGCAACAGCGCUGCUGCUGACAUGUCCGACGCGCAACAGAUUGACGCCGCCUUCAGCAAGCUGUCUGUGAUCCAAUCGCCGACGACGUCGCUCCCAGUCCCGACCUCGCCACCCGCCGCUAUCAGCCCCAACAGCGCAGCGACUGACGGCAAAUCGAGGUCGCCGCCGUCUGCCUCCGCCAUGCUGCCUCAAGCCCUUCCAACGUCGGCGGUCGGCCCGUCAACAACGGAGAGUGCUCACGUCGAGGAUGCCUCGGCGGCAGCCGCAACGGCGGCACUUCUGCAGCAUGUGCUGGUGUCUGUCGCCGCCGCUAACGGCCACAGCGUCCCCCAGCCGGCUGCCUUCCUUGCCGCCCUCGCCAGCGGCGGCGGCGGCGCCUCCGUCACCGCUGACGGCUCAAACGACCUUCCGGACUGCGACGCCACCGCCUGCAAUGACAUCGCGUUCCUGGAACGUGCGUCGGACCCAGGCCCCCGCAGCAACGUCCAUGCUGCCAUGCGGCGCCUGUCUAACGAGUACGGCAGUUCGGAAACCGCCGCUGGCCGCAACUCCGAUCCUGGUGGCGAUAGUGCUACUGCUGCUGCCGCCACCCCCGGCGCUAGUGCCACGACCGCCGCUGUCCCCGGUGUUGAGCAGCUGCUCCUGCCGCUCCUGCAAACCGUGUUGACGGAGGGCCUGGCGUCCGGACAGCUACAGCUAGUGGACGGAAUGCUGCGAGUCAAGUCCGGCGGCGGGGAUGUUGCCGAGCUGGAUGGUGCAUGUCACGUAGCUCCCGCUGCUGCGGCGACGGCGACGGCGGUGGUGACGGCGAUGGCUGCUGAUUGCAGCAUCAGCGGCUUCAGCGGUAAGACGUCCGCCAGCGGCAGCAUCACGGCCUCUAGCAGUGCCAGCAUGAGCAGCGGGGGCAGCAGCAGCGGGGGCAGCAGCACCCGCAACGGUAGCGGUGCAUGCUUGGCUAGCGACCACGCUGCUGCUGCUGCUGCUGUUGCUACUUGUGCGGGCGCAGCCGGAAUUGCUUGAAAUGGGUUGAAGAGAAAGAGGAGAGAUCGCUUGUCCGACGGGCUCUGCGACGGUGUUGGCAUAUAUUGGAGGUAGUGAUGGAUGUACAGCAGCGGUUUCUGUCGUACUUUGUGCGGCAUAGUAUGGUGAAGGCGUGCAGAGGGGCGUACGAACGCACGAACGUACAGUUGUUGGGACAUACGGUGCACAAUUGCUGGAAAGCGUGUUUUGCUGGCGGUUCCUUGUGUUCUAAGCGCGCUGGGUAAACGUGGGUUUGGCAUUUUUCUUUCGGCUUUAUACGACGUAUCGGUAGUAAAACUUUAUUAAAGUAUCCGCUUUAUAAACAAGAUAGGGGAAAAGCCAAUCUACAUGGAUCGCGUUUGUUCGGGUUGCUGGGCUAGGUCCCAAUAGGGAUUAUCCGUACAGGCCGGCCGUUGGUUGAUAGCAGUACGGUACGGCAAAGGCAAAAGAGGUUGUCUAAGGAUUUGAGUUUGAUUUCGGGCGAGGAACAAGAAUCCGUCGUACAGUUGCACUGAAUCCGUUUCCAUCCCUUGUGCUACACUAUCGUGCGGUGCCGAGACCGGGUGCUAAGUGAACCUUAUUGGGAUGAGAAGAAGAGGGUGACAUGUAUGCAAGCCGCCAGUUAUACCUAUAUCCUUAAAUCUAUCUUAGGUGGCAGCUGCGCAGGCGGUUAGCGGUUAUACUUGGUUAAUCUUGGUCCUCGCGCGAGCUUUUGCGAUAUUCGUUGCGUGCAGAAAGCAAUGCAAAGGAGCAAUAGAAUCUGCAUAGGUGGGUACUACAACCAUAUGAAUCGAGGCAGGAGAGACGCCUCUGGUGGUUCGCCACCCGUUUUGUUUUCAUGUGCGCGGGUGUGUAGCGGGUUUUGUUUUUCCCUGCUUGUUUUAAUCGGCCCUUCUGGCCCAUGGGUCGUUUGGCAGUCCGUGCCUUGGUCCUCCUGGCGUGUGCGCAACCCUUGUUCCUUGAAGUGCGGUUGACAACAAGACGACACUUAUCCAAUGCGCACGCGGUUUGUUUCGGGCGCUAAACACUUCAUUUUCUGUUGGUCUCAUGUUGGCGUUGCUCGCUAUCCGCGCUCGUUAGUCACUGUCCUGUACAUAUAGGAAGGAGGAGCUUCUCGUGCCAUACUAAAACAAGAGGGAGAGUUGGGCCCCUUGUGGCUUUGUAUGGGGGAUGGGGUUGGGGGGCCCAGCCGAGAGCUGCUUGUGAGUAUUAGCUGCUGGCAAUGAGAAGGGCUGUGAGGUCUUUCCAAGAGGAGAAGAGGACAGCCCGCGAGCGCUGUGUGUUGCCGUUCAGUUGGCUUGGUGGCGCCCUCGUGUCGGUGUUCGGCUUAUCCGGGAGCGAACGUGGGGUUUCUGUGUCCAAACUUGGCUUGCACGCGCGCGUCCGUUCGUGCGUUAGUUUUUGAUAAACACAAUCACAGGAACACUACAAUUCUGUGGGGGCCUUCAGCGCUGGUCCGCUGUUGUGUGGGGUGGGGGAGGGCGCUGGCCGCUUGGGAUGGCGUUGAGCCUCCCAGCAGGCCCCAGCGCGUUGUGUACUGCCUAACCGCAACCGGCGCAACGUGCUUGGGUUGGGAGCAUGUUGGGUAAGAUGAUGGGGUUUGUGGCGUGGGCGAGUUCUAUGGGGUGGCUGGUCAAAAGGGCGGUGAGUGUUAAUGAUGGUAUUGUUGGAGGUCUGCUGUACGACCCUCCUGAUCUGGAUCUAAUAGCUGCGGACGGUGCUGAGUACCUUUUGGGUAAAUAAUAACGUAUUAACGUUCCUGCUUAACUCGGUUAGGGUGUACGUGAUAAGGGGUCGAAGGUACUACAAGAUGUAUCGCAUGAGCUGGUGUUAGUAAUCAGUAUUUGAUGCACGCAGAAGGAGCGUUUGCAGGCAAGUAAACAGUGUGAGGGGUUAUAGAUCUUUUGGGUACGGUAAGCUACGGUAGCCGAGUCAUCAGCUUGAGUCUAACGUUUGUAAGAAGCCAAGCAAUCCCGUUGGUGGCAUGAACGGACGACUUGUGGGUUGGGUAGGAACGAACGGAUGAAGGACCUGAAGUGUAGAAGAAUGGGCCACAGGGACAGGGGUGGGGAUAUG